AAUCUAAACAACAGCUUCAGUUGGAUUUUUUUUUUCUCGUAAUCAUUUAUAACACCGAUUUGGGGUUUACACCACUCAUACUUAUCUCACUACCCACUUCCGCCAUUACCCAAACUGGACGAUGGCUUCUUCUGCUACAAUGGCCCUGAGUAAUAAGUUAAUCGUGACUGCAAGUAAUGGUGAUUAUAAGGUAUGGGAGGAUCCAUCGUUCAUUAAAUGGAGGAAGAGGGAUUCUCAUGUUUCGCUUCAUUGCCAUGAUUCCGUAGAAGGUUCUCUAAGAUACUGGUAUGAACGAAACAAAGUGGAUGUUCUUGUAUCAAAAUCAUCAGUUUGGGAUGAUGAUGCUGUUUCGGGAUCAAUUGAAUGCGCCAAGUAUUGGGUUCAAGAUUUGCCUUUUGUUAAGUCGUUAUCUGGUUAUUGGAAGUUCUUCCUUGCUCAAAGUCCUACCACUGCUCCUUCAAAUUUUCAUGAUACAGUGUUUCAAGAUUCUACAUGGGAUACAAUACCAGUUCCAUCGAAUUGGCAAAUGCAUGGGUUUGAUAGGCCCAUAUAUACAAACAUAAUAUAUCCAUUUCCACUUGAUCCACCCCAUGUUCCUGAGGACAAUCCCACUGGAUGUUACAGGACAUAUUUUCAACUCCCUAAAGAAUGGGAAGGUAGACGGAUAUUAUUGCACUUUGAAGCGGUUGAUUCUGCUUUCCAUGUUUGGGUCAAUGGAUCUCUUGUUGGAUACAGCCAGGAUAGUAGACUACCUGCUGAAUUUGAAAUAACCGAGUUUUGUCAUGAGUGUGGAUCUGACAAGAAGAAUGUUGUAGCUGUAAAAGUAUAUAGAUGGAGUGAUGGUUCUUAUCUUGAAGAUCAAGAUCAUUGGUGGUUGUCUGGCAUCCAUAGAGAUGUUCUCCUUUUAUCCAAACCAAAGGUAUUCAUUGCAGAUUAUUUCUUUAGAUCAAGUUUAGCCGAAAGUUCUACCUAUGCAGAUUUAGAGGUUGAAGUAAUACUUGAUAAGUCUACGAAGAUCAAUGACAUUACAGAUAUCAAAAUUGAAGCCACGCUGUUUGAUAUAAAUACCAAUGAGGGUACUAAUCUGCUAUCGACUAAUGUGGCCAGUUUGGAGCUUCAGCAGCCCCCUCAUUUUCCUUUAGGGUUUCAUGGGUAUCGAUUAGAAGGAAAACUGAAAAAUCCCAAGCUUUGGUCUGCAGAACAACCAAAUCUGUAUACUUUAGUUGUCACCAUGAAAGAUGCAUCAGGCAAUAUUAUCGACUGUGAAUCAUGUCAAGUAGGCAUAAGACAAAUUUCAAAAGCUCCAAAACAGUUGCUUGUUAAUGGGCAUCCAGUUGUAAUAAGAGGUGUAAACAGACAUGAACACCAUCCACGUAUAGGAAAGACAAACAUUGAAUCUUGCAUGGUUAAGGACUUGGUUUUAAUGAAAGAACAUAAUAUCAAUGCUGUUAGAAACAGCCAUUAUCCUCAACAUCAAAGAUGGUAUGAAUUAUGCGAUUUGUUUGGAAUGUACAUGAUAGAUGAGGCCAAUAUUGAGACACACGGUUUUGAUCUUUCUCGGGAUUUCAAGCAUCCAUCACAGGAACCGAGUUGGGCUAUAUCUAUGUUGGAUCGUGUUAUUGGCAUGGUGGAAAGAGACAAAAACCAUGCAUGCAUAAUUUCUUGGUCUUUAGGAAAUGAAGCAAGCUAUGGACCUAAUCAUGCUGCUCUUGCUGGGUGGAUUCGUGGAAAGGAUCCAUCAAGAGUUGUACACUAUGAAGGUGGAGGAUCGAGGACCUCAUCAACAGACAUUGUAUGUCCUAUGUACAUGCGUAUUUGGGAUUGUGUUAAGAUAGCUAAAGAUCCAAAUGAAACAAGGCCUCUUAUAUUGUGCGAGUAUUCACAUGCCAUGGGUAAUAGCAAUGGAAACAUUCAUGAAUAUUGGGAAGCAAUCGAUAGCACAUUUGGUCUACAAGGAGGGUUUAUUUGGGAUUGGGUUGACCAGGGGUUACUCAAGGAAAAUGCAAAUGGUAGCAAAUACUGGGCAUAUGGAGGUGACUUUGGAGAUACACCAAAUGACUUAAAUUUCUGCUUAAAUGGUCUCAUAUGGCCUGAUCGGACUCCUCAUCCUGCUCUAAAUGAGGUCAAGUAUUGCUAUCAACCAAUUAAAAUUUCAUUCACCAAUGGCGUAAUUAAGAUUACAAACACCAAUUUCUAUCAAACAACAGAAGAUCUAGAGUUUAAUUGGGUGAUUGAAGGUGAUGGAUGUAAACUUGAUUCUGGAAUUCUGAGUCUACCAACAUUAGAUCCCCAAAGUAGUUAUGAUAUCAAAUGGGAAUCGGGCCCAUGGUAUUCAUCAUGGACUUCAUCCUCUUCUUCCGAAACCUUUUUGACUAUAACUGCAAAGCUUUUGCAUCCCACACGGUGGCUUCAAUCUGGUCAUGUUGUGUCAUCUCAACAAUUUGAGUUGCCUAUGAAGAAAAAUUCCAUCUCCCAUGUCCCAAAGACAAAAGAAAUCACAUUGAAUUGGGAAACCGUAGACCACAAACUUAUCAUCCGCCAAAACGUCUCAGAAAUAACUUUCAACACUCAGUCUGGUGCAAUAGAGAGCUGGAAGGUUGAAGGAGUUCCAGUGUUGCUUAAAGGCAUAACACCAUGCUUCUGGCGUGCUCCCACAGACAAUGACAAAGGAGGAGAAGCCAAUAGUUAUUUCUCUAAAUGGAAAGCGGCUAAUUUGGAUAAAAUAUGUUUCAAUAAAGAAAACUCAAGUGUUGUUACAAAGAUCUCAGAUCAUCUUCUUGAAGUAAACAUUGUGUAUCAUGGUGAUACUCCGGAAGGAUCAUCAUCAUCAAACAAUCUUUUCAAAGUUGACAUGAAAUACUCGUUCCAUGGUUCAGGAGACGUUGUGUUGUUUUGCAAUGUAAAACCCCGAUCAGAUCUUCCACCUUUGCCACGUGUUGGUGUGGAAUUCCAUUUGGAGAAAUCGAUGAAUAAUGUUAAAUGGUACGGGAGGGGACCGUUUGAAUGUUAUCCGGAUCGUAAGGCGGCUGCUCAUGUAGGGUUAUAUGAGAAGAAAGUUGAUGAAAUGCAUGUUCCUUAUAUAGUUCCUGGAGAAUGCUCAGGUCGAGCAGAUGUUAGAUGGGUCACUUUCCAAAACGAUAAAGGUUCCGGAAUCUAUGCUUCUAUUUAUGGCAACUCUUCUUCACCAAUGCAAUUGAAUGCAAGUUAUUAUAGCACAAAGGAGCUUGAUCGUGCAACACACAAUGAGGAACUUGUUAAGGGAGAUGACAUUGAGGUGCAUCUUGACCACAAGCAUAUGGGUAUAGGUGGUGAUGACAGCUGGUCCCCUUGUGUUCAUGACAAGUACAUGCUUCCUCCUUUGCCUUGCGCUUUUUCCAUCAGGUUUUUUCCAAUAACUGCUGCAACCUCUCCCCAUGAUAUCUAUAUGCCCAGGAAUUGAGAUGGUCAACAAGUCAACUCUCUGUUUGUUUUAGUAUAGCUUUGGUUAAAUAACAGAUGAUGGUUU